AAAAUGGAUUAUGACGAUUUUAUUUCCUCAAACAGAAAUGCACGCAGCUUCUGUGCAUGUUGAUGCCACCUCAGCCUUUCGCAAACACUGGAUAUCCGUUAUGACUGAGCAUGCAUGACAUACAGAAAGAACUCAAAAUCAUGGCAGAUGUAAGUGGCAGCCCAGUGGUUGAUACUCCCGCCUCAAUGGAGGAGAAGCCCGAAGACCCCCCCCAGGACUCAAACAAGGAUGAAGUCAAAUCUGACGGGAAAGCUGAAGGGGAGAAGGAGGAGAGCUCCGACCCCGGGAUGUACCGCUACAUCAAAGAAGACCUCUUCACGUCGGAGAUCUACAAAGUGGAGAUCAGAAAUCUCCCCAAGUUCACCGGCUUCAACGACCUGAAGAAGUUCCUGGCCAAACACGGCCUCAACCCCCACAAAGUCAAGCUGUUCGGCAAGCAGACGUUCGCCUUCGUCACCUUCAAGAAUGAGGAGGAGCGCGACAAGGCCAUGAAGAUGGUGCACGGCAUGCAGUGGAAGAGCCAGGUGCUGAGCGUGCGGCUGGCCAAACCAAAAGCAGACCCCAUCCUGAUGAAGAGGAGGCAGGAUGAGGAAGACGGUGCAGCAGGGCAGCCUUCAUCAAAGCGGACCCAUGGGGGGGAGGAGGAGGAGGAAGAGGAGGGGGAAGAGGAGCCGCUCAGCGUGCAGAUCGCCAACGUGGUGACGCCGCUGUGGAACGUCCCGUACGAGGAGCAGCUGAGGAGGAAGGAGCAGGAGGUGGUGGCGGUUCUGCAGAGACUCGCCAAAGAGAUCGGCAGCACCAACAAAGCCAUGCUGCCGUGGCUGUUUGCGCAGAAAGGGAAAUACAACAGGAUGUGUUGCUCUCUGGAAGCGAUCCGGCCUUCUCCUGUAAAAACGGAGUACAGAAACAAGUGUGAGUUCCUAAUCUCGAUGGGAGCAGACGGGGAGGAUAAGACCAUCGGUUUCCGCAUGGGGAAGUAUAAAGGCGGCUCCUGUGCCGUGGUGGGGCCAGGCGAGACCAGCCACGUCUCCGCCGAGGCCAAGAAGGUGGUCAGCGCCUUUCAGAAGUUCAUCAGGACAACACCGUACUCUGUGUACAGUCCUGAAACGUAUGAGGGACACUGGAAGCAGCUGACUGUCAGGACUACCAGGACCAAACAAGCAAUGGCUAUGGCUUUCUUCCACCCACAGAAACUGGACGAAGAGGAAGUGGGUGCGUUGAAGAACUCCAUGAAGACGUACUUCACUGAAGGAGAGGGAAAGGACAGCAACGUCACCUCUCUCUUCUUCAUUAGAGAGGGUCAAAGGACGUCUCCUAACAUGGAGGACUUGCCCUGUGAGCUGGUGGCCGGAGAGGGCAGCAUUCAUGAGGAAAUGCUGGGUCUGAAGUUCAGGAUAUCUCCUCACUCCUUCUUCCAGGUGAACACAGGAGCUGCGGAGGUUCUGUACUCCGCGGUGGGGGAGUGGGCUCAGCUGAACGAGAACAGCACGGUGCUGGACGUCUGCUGCGGGACGGGAACCAUCGGCAUCUCUCUGGCUAAGAGAGUAAAGAAGGUCAUCGGAAUCGAGAUGUGCCAGGAAGCUGUGGAGGACGCCAAGGUCAAUGCAAACGUCAACGGUCUGAGUAAUAUUGAGUUUCACUGUGGGAAAGCGGAGGACGUGUUCCCCAAAGUCCUCAAUGCUCUGGUGUCGCCCAACCUCACCGCCAUCGUGGAUCCCCCGAGGGCCGGCCUACAUUCCAAGGUGAUUCUUGCCAUCCGGAGGGCGGAGCACCUGAAGAGGCUGGUGUACGUGGCAUGCAAUGCUAAAGCUGCCAUGACCAACUUCAUCGAUCUGUGCAGAGCGCCGUCCAAAAGAGUCCACGGCGCUGCGUUCCGCCCGGUGCGAGCGAUGGCCGUGGAUCUGUUCCCUCAGACGAUGCACGUGGAGAUGCUCCUGCUGUUCGAGAGGGUGGACUACGACUCCAAGCAAUAAGCGACACACACCGGGGUCUGACCUUUUUAAGAAAGGGGCCCCGGACUUUGAUAGGUAGCAUGGGGCUUUCUAUACCUGAAGUGUAUGCAAACAGUACUCUUAAAAAAUAACUGCUUUUUUUUCCUAGGAAUCUGCAAGGCUUUAUAGUCUUAAUUUGAAAGGGUUUGUUCAUCCAAUAAACUCACCCGCUUUGUUUUGCAACGCAACAAUCAUCUGUUCGUGUUAACACAGAAUGCAUUGGCUUUACGGACUGUCUCUUUGCCUGUUUAGUUGGAUAAAUGAUGUCAGCUAUGCUUGCUAGUUUUAUAAGCAGUGUUUCAGAACCACAUUUAAAGAAAACUCUGAUUGAAAUUUUGUUUUUUUGAUACUGAAACUGCGAAGGACAACGCCCCGCUAGAGGACACAAUGGAAACAGGGACUUCAUCUGUUAAAGCGCCACCUCAGUUUGUUUACCUCCUGAGUGUUUCAUCAUUCUGAAUAAAAAAACAGUUCUUCCA